AUGUACGAGGUAUUGGAGCGCAUUAUCCUGGACCGACUCAUUAAACAUCGCGGAGAAACGACGCGCGACGAGCAAGCUGGCUUUCGUCCUGGCCGAUCUACGAUUGACCAGAUGUUCAUCGUCAGGAGAAUGAUCGAAAUCUGGCAGCGGUAUUCGAAGCCAGUUCAACUAGCGUUUCUGGACUUUGAAGCCGCGUUCGACUCUCCUCACCGAGGCCGUCUUCUCAACGCGCUCCGCGCCGACUGA